UUACGUACUAUGCGGAACACACCAUAUAUUAAAUGUCUUACAUAAGGUAUAACUAGUAUAGAUAUAAACGAUAUAAACUGGCUAUGAACAGGCCAUGACGUUGUCGUUCAGGUUGCCCCCUCAUCGCUCGAGCCAGCCCGCGGCUCGGUCACAUCGUGAAGUUCUCCUCACUCAUACGCAUCCCAUACCCACGUCUAACACAUACCGACAUAUACUAACACACAAACAAUAUGCCGUCGGCCUUGUGCGACAUCGUCGAUCCAAUGGCGAAUAAACAGAUAAUUGCACGGUAGACAACAUGGUAGGCAACACGGUAGACUACAUAGUCUGUAUCCAACCUAGUGGGUUUUUGUCUCCUCCUAGACAAGACACGAUCAGCUAUCGACCAAACUUCUUAGCGCCAUAGACAUCGUAGGGCUACAAGGCAAGCGUACAUACACGACCACAAGGUCCCGUCCGAGAUUCGGUUGGUGUGGAAGCUGCUGACGAUAUUCUUUUGCGUCCCGUUCGUCCUCGUACUGUAUUCUAGAUCUUCCCGGAACCCAGAUCGGAACGCUCGUUCUUCGAUAUAAACCAUACGGGCUCCUUUUUACCUGUCCCCCUCUGCCACUUACAGCGCUGGGAAGGAAACUAGCCAACCAUGCCAUCGUCAGGCUUCGCCAAUUACACAGACACGCCAGCAGCAGUAACAGCAGCAGACAAGUUCCUCCCGGCCCUACACCACGCCGUCUCGGGCUCCGCCGGCACGCUCAUCUCGACAUGCACUCUCUACCCUCUCUCUCUAGUGAUUUCCCGCCUCCAAGCUCAACGACAAUUUCGUCGGGAGGAGAGAUUCAACAGCAGCAGCAGCGCCGGCGACACCACUCCCACAGGUCCGACCGGUCCCGGGGUAGCAGCUCCGGGUCCGGCACGGGAGUCCACGUACGCCGGAGUCACCGAAGCCUUUUCGCGGAUCUGGAGGUCCGGUGGCGGGCCGAGAGCGCCCUAUACUGGCCUAGCUCAAGACGUAGCCAAAUCUGUCUUGGACUCUUUCCUCUUCUUUCUCUUCUAUGAGUGGUUCCGGAGCGUCGGGCUCGCGGCCGGCGGCCGUGGGCGGAGGAGGAGAGGGGAUAGGUCGGCGUCGCGGCUGGGCGUCCUUGAGGAAUUGGCUAUUGGCGUGGCGGCUAGUGCCUGCUCGAGACUCUUCACGACUCCGAUCGCCAACGUGGUCACCCGCAAGCAGACGGCCUCGCUUGUCGACGGCGAGGGGAGGGAUCUUAGCGUCCGCGAAAUCAUCAAAGCUAUCCGGAAGGAGCAGGGUCUCGCGGGGUUCUGGUCCGGAUACUCGGCGAGCCUUGUGCUUACUCUGAACCCGAGUAUCACCUUCUUCCUCCAGGAGUUCCUCAAGAAAAAGACCGUCUCAGCCGAUAGAUGGGAUAACCCCGGCGCACGCAUGACGUUCCUCCUCGCGGCUAUCAGCAAGACCAUCGCCAGCACCAUCACAUACCCGUUCCAAACCGCCAAUACCCGACUACAAACCGGCAUUCCAGCCGCGCCCAAGAACCCGAACGGGGAUGCAGCACAAGCCCCUGAAAGAGCAGUCGAGCCCCCCACGCAGGAGACGCAGACACACCAUGUCACCUUCGACGAGGCAAUAUCCCCCAAGACAGAAGUCCCUCGCAAGGUCUCCUUCAAAGAGAACGUCGCGCCGCCGGAGCGGCUCCCCGGAGGAGGCGGAGGCGCCUACCAAUCGGACGCGCUGCGGGCGGCCAAGGACUUUGGCAAGAGCAGCGUGUUCGGCGCCGCCGUGCAGAUCGCGCGCGCCGAGGGCGUCGGGGCCCUGUACGAUGGCGUCUUCGGCGAGCUGGUGAGGGGCUUCCUGGGCCACGGCACUGCGAUGCUGGCUAAGGACGUCGUGCACAAGCUGCUCUUCAAGCUGUACUUGGUCGUCGCGGGCGUCUUGGCCGAGAUCCGGGCGCGCAGGGCUAGGGCUGGAGUUGGGGGUAGAGCUGUUGUUAGGCCUGUAACUAGGACUGAAACUGCCGUUGAGACUUCGGUUAGGGGCCUACGAGAAGCUAGGAUCGAAGCUGGGUUGGAACCUGAGGCUAUAGUUGAGGCCCGGCCUAGCACUCCACUGCCUCCGGUACGAAUGUCCUCGCCCCCGUCAUCGCCGCCGCCCUCAUUACUAGAAUCACCACCAUCACCACCAUCAUCAUCAUCAUCAUCAUCAUCAUCAUCACCACCGUCCCUACCCGAAGCACCAACAGCACCCCCCCUCGAAUUCAACCCCGAAUCUGAAUCUCUCCCUCCUCCUCCUCCUCCACCACCACAGCGCUCCUCCCCCUCCCCCCUCCGUCUAGCAUCUCUCCCGCCGCCCCGCCCCCCAACACCUCCACCCUCGCCCUCCCCUCCGCAGCACCAGCAGCUGCACUCCCUCCGCGACCGACACGAUAACAACUACGACCGGUACCGCUACGAGCGCCUCCCAUCGCCCCCGCCGACGCCGUACCCCACCGCGGGAUACGGAUACCGCUGGAGCAGCCCGCGGAACCGCAGCGGGGGCCGCAGGUCGUUCCUGGCCGAGGACGGGGACGGCGGGGCGAGCGUCGUGGUGGCGAAUAUGAUUGAUAGGACGCAUAGGGGGGUUAAGUAUUAUUGAUGAGAUGGGAUGAUGAUGAUGAUGAUGAGGGUUGGUAUUGGGAUGGGUUGGGUGUUGGAGAGGAAAAAAAAAAAAGGGGGGGGGGGGGGGGGGGUUACUUGACAGGUCUGUCCACCGCGCGUACAUCGAUCCAGCUUUCUCUUUCCGUUCCCUUUCUUUUCCUUUGUCUAAGGGGGGGAAAGUCUACUCUACUACUUCACGGAUGGGUUGAGACUGAUAUUCACCCCUUUCCUUUCCUUUCCUGUUCAAUCUCCUUGCUGUACUCGGACACGGGGGGAGAGGGGGGGGGAUCCAAAAGACGGGUUUGUUUAUUUUGGGCAUUCGGGGCCCUGGAGUUGGGGGAUUGUAAAUCUGGGUACAUGUUUGCGAAAGGUCGGGGGGCGGUGCCGGUCGAAAAGAGUGUAUGACAGGCUGCAUCAUGUACGAGGUUUGCGACGAUUCAACUUUGGGCUGGGCUUGGGUUUGGGAAUGGGUUGCUGGAAUACAGGAUAUGGUAUCAGGCAUAGCGUACCUAACGGCAGGAUGGGUC